GCUUAGCUUAGCUCAGCUUGCUUUUUCUUCUGCUACCCUUCCUUCUAUCCUUCAUACAUUCCCUUGGGACCGCCCACACACGGCAACCUCCAUGGAUGAUCUUGAAGCUAAACAAUAAUAACGAUUCAUCCAUCAAUUACAUAUAUUUUUUUAAAAAAAUUAAACAAUGAUAAUGGCUUCAAUUUCUUCCUCAAAAUUUAUGAACUCUUCCCCUUUUCAUAGUAGUAAUUCUAUCUCAUCCAACUUGCUUUUAUCUCCUCCUUCUUUAUCCUUCCAAUUAUACCCUUAUAACCGCUCUCAAUUGCGCCGUUAUGCUGCCGUUAGAACCACUAGCUCAGAAGGUCGGGGCUCCGACUCGUUCGGUGCGGAGUUGUUGAGAAAGCCGGUGGUUUCUCCGGCGGUUGUGUCGGAGGGGGAAGAUUCCGUCGUGGAGGAGGAUGACAAGUACAGGAGUGGUGGUGAGGAGGUGGAAGCGUGGGUGGAUUGGGAGGACCAGAUUUUGCAGGAUACAGUUCCCCUUGUUAACUUUGUCAGGAUGAUUCUUCAUUCCGGAAAGUAUGAAAGUGGGGAUAGGCUAAGUCCUGAGCAUGAGAGAACAAUCCUGGAAAGGGUGCUUCCAUAUCAUCCACAAUGUGAAAAGAAAAUUGGAAGUGGAGUAGAUUAUAUCACGAUUGGCUAUCAUCCUGAUUUCGAUAGAUCACGAUGUUUAUUCAUAGUCCGAAAGGAUGGAGAGCUGGUUGACUUUUCGUACUGGAAAUGUAUAAAGGGUUUGAUCAGAAAAAAUUAUCCACUGUAUGCAGACACUUUUAUCAUAAGACAUUUUAAGAAGCCUAGGCGUAGUGAUUGAAGGUAAACUUCUCAAUUUGUUCAGAGUUAGAAAUCUACCGUAAGGAUACUUCCUGCCUAUUGUUUAGUUUGUCUUUCACCUGCCUGAAAGAUUUUUUGUGUUUGUUAGACGGUGUGAGUAGAAAUUCUGGUGUUACAACUAGAGCAUAUUACUAGGACCUUUCUUUUGGUAUGCAAUACUGGUGUAUAUUUAUUUCUUUCUUUUCAAGCCAUGUGUUCCGUGAUUCUGCAAUACAUGCACAGAUAAACUUCCCUUUUUGGUUCA